AUGAAGUUCAGCGCCGUCGCCUGUCUCUCGGCCCUCUCCGCCCCUGGCCUCUGCGCCAGCGUUGGCGUCAGCAAGCUCCAUGAUUUCACCCCUGCCACCGGCUCAUUGAAAGUCCCUGGCGAGUCGCCCGCUGAGUUCUGCAAUGCGGAUCGCGACCAAGAUCUCGUGCAGGUCCAGCUUCUCAGCACGGACCCCAACCCCGUGAAGGCUGGCAAGCAGGUGUCGGUCAAGGCUACCCUAGACAUCAAGAAGACGGUCACGCGUGGCUCCUACGUCAAGGUCGUCGUCAAGUACGGCCUAAUCCAGCUGCUUUCUACGACGGCCGAUCUGUGUGAACAGAUCUCGAGUGCGGGCAUGGAUUGCCCCGUCGAGGCUGGCAAGCAUCAGAUAUCCUUCAAGGCCGACAUGCCUUCGGUCAUUCCACCAGGCACAUACAAUGUGUUGGCGGACGCCUACUCAGAGGACGAUGAGCCGCUCACUUGCAUGAAGGCUGCUGUUAACUUCCCUCGCCCGGGGGAACUUGGCCUCGAGCUGUGA